CCGGGGCGCUGCGGGGGGCGGCUCGCGGGCCCACAGCGCCGGCCGGGCCAUGUCGGCGCUGGAGUGGUUCGCGCACAAGCCCCUGGGCGGCGGUAUCUUUUGGAUCCAGGAACGCUUCUACGAGUCGGGCAACCGGGCCAACAUCUGGCUCGUGCGGGGCUCGCAGCGAGACGUGGUGAUUGACGCGGGGCUGGGACUGCGCAGCCUGCCCGACUACCUGCGUGACGCCGGGCUGCUGGCGCCGGCCGAGGGCGCCGGGCCGCGGCCGCUGCUGGCCGUGGCCACCCACGUCCACUUCGACCACUCGGGCGGGCUGCAGCACUUCGAGGAGGUGGCGGUGCACAGCGCUGAGGCGUCGGCGCUGCUCCAAGGCGACAAUUACGAGGCCGUGACGUGGCUGUCAGACCGGGAGGUGGCGCGGCCGCCGCGGCCCGGCUGGAGUGCCCGGCAGUUCCGCGUCCCGCCCGUCCGGCCCAGUCGCCUGCUGCACGAGGGGGAUGUGAUCAACCUCGGAGAUCGACAGCUCACUGUGAUGCACAUGCCUGGUCAUUCACGAGGCAGCAUUUGCUUACAUGACAAGGACCGGAAGAUUUUGUUCAGCGGAGAUGUGGUGUAUGACGGAUCUAUGAUCGACUGGCUACCCUACAGCAAAAUCAGUGACUACAUUGCAAGCUGCCAGCGCCUGAUGGAGUUAGUAGAUAGAGGUCUUGUGGAGAAGGUACUGCCUGGGCACUUUAACAUAUUUGGAGCAGAAAGGCUGUAUCGUUUAGCUUCCAACUACAUUUCCCAAGCUGGAAUCUGUCACAAGAUCUCUACGUGUGCUAUGAGAUCCAUUGCAAGCAUAGCACUUCGUGUUGCAAAUUCAAGAAUCACUUCUCAGUGACAGUUUAUUUUGUGUGAUCUGUCACAUGCUGUAAAACCAAAUGGGUUGUAAAAGCAUCAAUAACAAGCAGAAGCAGUAUGUGUUAGCAAAAAGAUGGCCAAUUGAUACAGGAGAGCUUAAAAAAUUCUCCCUGUUUUUUUACUUUAUUCAAAUUUUUAUAAAAACUCUGUAAACUAGUAGCUUUAGCCAAAGCUAUAGUUUUUCUUUUUACUUUUUCAGAGCAUGUUUUUACAUGUAUUGCAAUAUAUUGUUUUAUUGAAAUAUAUUGUUUUAUUUAUUUAAAUUGAAAUAUAUUGUUUUAUUUUUGUUACAGCUCUGGCAGAUGGAUAUAUACUAAAAGGGGAGGUUUAACAUUCAUGCUUGAAACCUUGUUGAUAUAGUACUAGAUUUGUGAUUAUUCAUCACCUCCUGCUCAGGUUUUGACCUAAGAGAACUCUUGCUAAGAUCUAGUGUGUGGUAGGAGCAGUCCCAUUAGGUCAGAGCAGGAGCAACACCUAUGCAGGAGUGUGUGAGCAGAAAGUGAUAAUUCUGUAGCCAUUGCCACCCGUGGGCAUGGUUAUCUGCUGCGCCUCUCACCACUUGAAGCUUUAUCUUUG